AUGGAGCUUCCCUUCAACCUGGUGGAUACAGCUCUUUCCUCCACGCACAUUGACGCCAUCGACGCCCUUCGAGCCUUUUUUCUUUUGGCAUCCUGCACGAUCCUCUCCGUCAGCAUCUUGCCACAUUCGCUUCACUCACGCUUCAUUCCUUAUGGCGCUCGUACAACCUCGACGGCCGACUCGCAGUCCUCGCAGUCCUCACCCCCGGCGUCCUCGGACUCUCCGGCAGCCCGCGCUCUUGACUAUGCUGCCGCCUUGACAGUCCCUCACAGCUACUUCACACAAUUCUACAUUGCCUCCGUUCUGGCUUCGGUCUUCUGGGCUGCGCAGCUUUUGUGUCAGGGUGCUGUGUUCCAGGCCUUUGCGACGAGAAUCAGUCCGGAACAUAUGCAACAGUCCAUGUCGAUACAGCAAGUCUUCUUGUGCUGGGCGCUCAUGCUCAUCCAGGGUGCAAGGCGGCUAUAUGAGUGCAGCGCCUUCGCCAAGCCUUCGGCCUCGAGAAUGUGGUUUGUUCACUGGCUCGUAGGCCUUGCAUUUUACCUAGCAGUAUCCGUUGCCUUAUGGAUUGAAGGAGCAGGAGCCCUGCUGUCUCAUAAAGUGAUUCUCGACGACGUCAAGGUUACGAUAGCUCCGUCUCUCCGCACCUUUGUCUGCAUCCCUCUUUUCUUGAUUGCAUCGGGCGUCCAGCACGACUGCCACCAUUAUCUCUUCUCUCUGAAGAAGUAUACCCUACCCACUCAUCCCAUUUUCCGCGGGAUUAUCUGUCCGCAUUAUACAGCAGAGUGUGUGAUAUAUCUCUCGCUGGCUCUGCUGGGCGCGCCCAAGGGUGAGGUCGUAAACAAGUCGCUGUUGUCCGCUCUCGUAUUUGUCGUUAUCAACUUGGGCGUCACCGCUGCGAACACCAGGCAGUGGUAUAUGCGAAAAUUCGGCGUGGAAUCUGUGCGGGAGAGAUGGAACAUGAUCCCUUUGGUUUACUAA